AUGUUGCUUCAUUACGUAAUUUUCAUCAUUCUAUUCAACUACAUCCCACAACUCCACGGCUUACAAACCAAAAUUGUGCCAAAACAGAGUAUUCGGUCUGCAUAUGGAAAAUACCUAAGUGGUCACGUGUUCAACGUGACGUCACAAGCUGCGCACAUCCAGCAUUGCUUGGCGGAUUGUUGGGCAGAGAAUGAUCGCUGUCAGAGUUUUAAUUACAUCGUGGAUUUGAAUAAGUGUGAAUUAAACGAAGCAAGCAAUCUGACCAAUCCCCGAGAUCUCAUUGACAGGCCUGACAUGGUCUACUUGACGAAUCCAAUGUUUGGACGUGAAAAUGUAUGUUGAUAUUUAGUUUGCCACCAUCAUCAUCAUCACCACCAUCGCAACCACCAACAUCAUCAUUAUCGACCUUGCACCAUAAUCAUUACUGUCAUCACUAUUAUCACCAUCAUCACUGUCAUCACCAUCAUUACCAUUAUCUCCCCCAUCAUCGUCAUCACCAUUAUCACCACCAUCAUCAUCAUCACCAUCAUCAUUAUUAUCACCAUCAUCAUCAUCAUCAUCAUCAUCAUCGUCACCAUUAUUACCACCAUCAUCAUCAUCACCGUUAUCACCAUCAUCAUCAUCACCAUUAUCAUCACCAUCAUCAUCACCAUCACCAUUAUCAUCAUCAUCACCAUCAUCAUCGUCACUGUGUUCCACGCACACCUCCUAAAAUUUGUUCAUUUUCUGCUUUAGAGACCACAAAUGCCACGGUACACAAAACAAAUGCCCGUUACUCCGUUAGGUUUGUAUACAUUGGCAAUGACUUUGUAUGGUUGAUGCGCAAAAAAUCUUGAUAUUUUCAUUGCACAAUAUAGAUCCUUGUGCAAGCAAUCCAUGUGAACAUGCGAAAUAUUGUGUUAAGGAUGACAAACUCGGAUAUCGGUGUGAAAAUUGUCAUUCAGGUUACCAUGGACCCAGAUGUGAAGAAUGUAAGUUUGUAUUACAAAUUUUAGCAAGACAAUAUUCGUUAUGGCGGUAACGAUGAUGUCUUUGGUGGUGAUGAUGGUGGUGAUAAUGAUGAUGGUGAUGAUGGUAGUGGUGGUGAUGAUGGUAGUGAUGGUGAUGAUAGUGGUAGUGAUGAUGGUGGUGGUGAUGAUGGUGAUGAUAGUGGUAGUAAUGAUGAGAUGAUGGUGGUGGUGAUGAUGAUGGUGGUAGUGAAGAUGGUGGUGGUGGUGAUGAUGAUGAUGAUAGUGGUGGUGACGAUGGUGAUGAUGGUGGUGGUGAUAAUGAUGGUAGUGAUGAUGACGGUGAUAAUGGUGGUGGUGAUGGUGAUGAUGGUGGUGGUGAUGAUGUUGAUGAUGAUGAUUAA